GAGCAGGUUGCGUUGCCGGGAUCGUGUCGGUUUUAUUGACGAAAGUUUAUCUCUUUACUGUCUUUUAUCCUAGUUUAUACGAAAUCAUUUGUCUUUCAGCUUUUUGGCUUAGCAAUAAUAUUUUUUCGCGACUUAAGGCUGUGUAAAUGGCGUUAACUCCAGCGGAAAGCAUAACAAAGGGCUAAUGCUUUGAUGUCAGAAUUGGCCAUUCACACUUCUGUUUUCGCAUAUUUCUUUCAGUCGGAACAUGUUACCAACUGAACAAAGACAUUUGAUUCAAGUCGCUUCACCUGAUCGAUCGUUAAUUGCCCCCGGAACGAAAAUGUGGUGUGUUCUUUUUUUCUUCAAAUUUAUUUUCACCAAAGAGGAAAGCAAACAAACAAGUCUCGACAGUCACAAACGUCUCGGGGAUUUAGUCCUGAUGAUGUUCUGCCCAGUAAAUCACCUGGCUUUCGAUAAGUAAACAUUUCGCAUGAGCUGGACUCAAAAAUAGCCUUUUUUAAUCAAAGAAUUCUUUUCUUUGAUGAACCAAUUCUUAAAACGGUAAUUCCACAAUGACAGGGUUAUCCCAGAACACUGAAAUGAGUGAAAUGCACCUCAUUAUCAGUACUAUGUGUUUACAUAUCAUUAAGCCAGCGACACGAUAGCGCAACCGUAAAGUACCUCUGCCACAUGAACUACGGCUGACUGGUUCUGUUCUAAAAAAAGAGCACUUUUGCUUGUUGUUAUUAAUGUUAUGUGUGGCUUAACCGCAUGGUUAAUAUUUAUAAGCAUGCAAUGAGUCGAGAUCCGACCGCAAGGAAGACUUCGCAGUGGAACCGUGAACGUUGUGAGCCUGUUCUCUGCGAUUCACUCUGUUUCUACCCUGUGGUUUUCGCAAGCAGAGGUUGUGGUUUUCCCAUUUUACAGGGAACAUUUUGGAUUAGAGAUCUUGACGAGAUUUGACAUGAUAACCCGACCUGAUUUGUUGGAUUUUUGACGGAGGCAGUCUUUAGAUGUAACUGAGAUCAAGGAAUCUGCCACGUUGAUACGGAGUGAACCAUGGUCGAGAGUAUCUUCGGGGGUAAAAGCGCGUAUCCUUUCAGCGGCAAUGAAAGAAACAUUUUUCACCCGCGACUGGCAGACAGACGGCUCUCAGUUCCAACGACUCAUUUGAAGACAAUCUCCGAGACUGGCGACGACAGCAUGUCUUUGUCCACCUCCGCAAGUACAGAGGUAGAAAACACUGCAAUUGAUGAUGAGCCGACCUGUUACCGUCGACCUAGAACAAUGUCGUUACCCGCAAUUUAUCGGGACGGCUCGUAUUUGAGAAUAAGACGUUCGUCGAAUACACUGAGCCCUUGUAAGCGCAGAUAUUCGGAACCAGGUGCAAUCACAACGCAACAUAUUAUUCAUCGCUUAUCGUUAAGUUCGAGUGACAGCAAUGAAAGUGAAAAUAACUUUGACAAAAGACCUUCGGUGAAAAGCAUGGAAGCAACGUAUUCAAUUCGCGAAAGUGGAUUUCCCGAUUUCCCCGGGCCUCGACGGCAUUCCGACCCGAUACAUUACACAACCGAGAAUGUGGGUCAACUUGGAAUUUCGCAAGAGCGUCAAGGAAAACCGACCACAAAAUUUGUCACAUGCCCAGCAGUGAAAACGUUAUCUGGCACUAUCAAAGCACGGCAACCGCAAAACGAUAAUGAACAGACAGCUCAAACAGCGGUAGUGAGAAGGCGAAAGUCUUCUCUCGUACCCGUGCCUUUUAGUUCGUUGCAGCAACAUUCAAAACCGUGUAACAUUCAGCCGAUUUCUGCGGGCCGUCCAAGAUCGUUCCCGCCAAGCAAACAAGAUGGCAAGCGACAAUGCAAUCUUCCAGAGUUGAAAACAGCAUUUUUAACAGGACGAGUUGCGGAUAGGACCGACACAAGCGAUUGGAAUAACAACAAGGAAAGUACGUUGGAAAGCGAAGAAUCAAAAGAAGACAAAUAUGUCGCAAACGCUGACAUCUUAGUUCAAUGGAUGAAGUUUUUUGGCUGAUCAUACGCCAUGCUUUCUACCCCGUAAAAGAAAACUGUUAUACACCUUCGAUAACAAUGAGUGGGCUUUAGUUCUCUUUUGUAACCAUUUAUGAGGAAAAACAACCUUCGAUGAUUGUUUGUUUUUCAAUAAAUAAUUGAAACUAAAAA